AUGAGUGCGAGGGACGCCCUAUCUCACAAGUGGUUCCUGGAGCACCUCAAGGAUGCCAGAAGCCAUGGCGGUCAGUAUCUGAGCGAUGUGCAGGGCUCUCCGAUGGGCACACCACAGUCAAACCCUUCAAACGGUUCGGCCGCAAAUCCUCCGAGUGGGUAUGCGGAGAGAGUUGUGAGGUUCAGGGGAUUCAACAAGUGGAAGCAGUCAGCUUUGCGGGUCAUCGCAAACAUGCUGCCCGAGAACGAGAACAAUGCUGCACGGGAGUUCUUCCUGACUCUGGACAAUGAGUGCCGGGGGCAGGUGCCAUGGGCUACGAUUUGUGAGGCGUGUGGCUUUGAGGACAUAGACGACGCCCCAAAGGAGGACGUUCGAUUCACGGAGUUGCUGGCGGCAACCUUUGAGAGGAAGAAAGGCUUAAGCGAAAAGAUGCUGAAAGCAGCAUAUCAGAACUAUGACAAAUCUGGCGAUGGGAAGGUGUCUUUACGAGAUCUGCGAGAAGGUCGCCUGAUAGGCCCCCUCACGGCCAAAGACUUCAAGCGAAUCUCUCGCGACAUCGGCGAGAAUCAGCCAGACGACGUCGUUGACUUCGACGGCUUUGUCAAGAUGCUACUUGGCGCAGACCUUCAGAGGGGGGUGCUGCAAGGGACCUCCUUCAGUGCAGACCUCUUUUCUCGGGUCUUGGACUACUUUUGCACAGGGCUCAUUGAACGUUGGCGCGCAUCUCAGCAUCCAGCUUUUCUGAAGUUUCAGUUGCCUCAUGCCUUGCUUUUUGCCGAUGACAUUUUGCUUUUUGCGGCAACAGAGAAAGAGAUGCAAUCGAAGCUGCAUGCCCUCCAACUUACACUCGAGUCCAUAGGGUUGAAGCUGAAUUUGGCUAAGUGCUCGGUCCUUGACAACGAGGAUGGCACCACUCCGGGAGUGUGGGGGCGCAAAUCAUGCACCCCCUUGCAAGGGGUCAGCCACCUGCUUUACCUGGGCGUUCCUCUUAGCUACAAAGCGACUCCGCUCGGUCAACUAGGGGUAUCUUUGGCAAAGCUGUCUUCGGCUUUCUUUGGCCUUCGGAGACUUUUCGACCACCCGGACACACCUGUUCAUGAGAAGUUGUGGCUGCAAAAGUGGGGGUAUGGGGCUUCAGAGGUUGAUCGCCUUCCGCCUAACUACCUUUACGACCGCCAGCUGCUGCUGAUAGGUCCGCUACCCUGCUCUGGACUGUACGUCCAGACGAUAACAGAGCAGCGUGUUUCCUUCCUGCGCAGGUGCGAAGUUGAGGUCGACCUUCUGUCAUUCUGCUACCUACAUCCGAAACAGAACGACUUCUCCGAAGCCAAGUACUUUGAGAGUUUGCCAGCGUCGCCGCCACCUCUCCCGGGGAACGUGGAGCAAGGCUAUGCAGUGUGGGGUCUCCUGGAUCAGCAGAUUUUGAUGCAGGUUUUCACUGUCUUACUGACCCUGCUGGUGGUGGCAGUGGUAAGACAUAUUACAGCAUGGUGGAAUGGGCCAGACAAACCCAAAGGUGCACCUAAGAAUGUCGAUACACCCAGCGCGGAAGCCUCCGAUGGCCCGAAGAGAGCCAUGGAGGAAACACCGAAAGAUGACAAGCAGGGGAUCCUUGAGACCCCUGCCAAGCCAGAUAAGAGCACAGUGGUGGACGACCAAGUCCCGCCGAAAACUACAGGGACAUCGACAAACCCACCUGCCAAGACGCAAACUGGACCUGGAACGAAUGCCGGUGGAGCUGACAAAAAGCCCGAUGGAACUGGAGCCACUGACAGUAAAGCCAAGGCUGCAGGUGUUGAUCCAGCUCCUGCCCCGGCAGUGACACCCCAGGCCCUCAUGCAAGAAAUCCAGGCGGUCCACAAGCUGCUCAAAUCGGGGGCAGAUGGGGGAACCAGCCAGGAGAUGAAGAAGGAGAUGGACAACCUCCGCAAGGAUGUCACCACGAUCAUGAAGUUCCUCUCUUCGAGCGACAAAGACCUGAAAGAUCUUUCGGGUCGCAUAUCGGCGAUGGAGACAGUGCUCGGGGCUGUGAACGCCAGAGUGUGUACCCUCUCGUCCAACCUGGAUAUACAUGCCAAGGCGACGGAGGCGUACCUUAAAGAGGCCCUCAAGAGCAUCUCUGUAAUGGGUGGCGCAGCGAAAACCUUCCAUGCAGACACCCAGGUGCUGAUAGGCGCGAAACACGACAAUUUGGAGCAGGGGAUCAAGUCCUGUAUCAACAAGGUGACAAAUUGCGACUAUGAGUCGCAUACUGCGCUGUCCAAAACCCUGAGCGAUCUCAGCAAGCAGACCUACGACAUGGGCCAAGAGUUGCUGGCAGCCCUACACUUUGUUCAGGGCGAGCAGGGCACUAUGAAGGACAACCUGUGGCAGAUUGCCAAUGUUCUCGGGGACACGGUGGAGCAGGUGAGGAUCAUUCGUGAUUACUGCGAGAGGCCUGUCCCAGUGAACGUUCAGGCAGCGGCACCAGCGGCGGGCAUGCCACCUCCUCCUACCUACGAGCCCGGCAUACACGGAGCCAGACAGCAGCUGCACCUCCAGACGGCCAUUCCUUUGGCCCGAGGAAGUGGAAGUACCGCAGCAUCCCAAACGGCCCCGCAGGUGAAUAUCGACAUGGGAGAUGGGCGUACUAUCAAUAUUCCCGUGCACAGAUAG